AACCAUCUGAUUCCAUGAAUGUAGCACCAAUACUAAUGUUGUGUGGCUAAUAAUGUAGAUUCAGUCAAUGAUCUGUUGUGCUUUUGAAGAGCCACUCAUUGGUUUUGAGUUUGAUGUGAAUAGGCGCUGCUUAAUUAUACUGGGGAUGCUCAUUAUCAGGCCUCAUUACAGACAGACACUCUUAUAGUUUCUUAUGUAGGUCAUGCUGCUAUUCAAGCAUGACAUCAGGCCAGAUCAGAGAGAGACUAGUAUGACAUCAUGAUGUGAUCUUUGAAGAGGCCCUUUGAAGAGGCUAUAAAAAGCCUCAAUUGACUCUUCAGGUCAGUGGAUCAUCUCAUAUGACUGUCUAUGGAACACCUGACGAUGCACAGUAAAACUCAAACUAAAACUAGAUGCAUGCAUGCUUAGAUACAUAAACAGCAGAAUGGUAAUAUCGCAAGGAUUUCCCCUUGAGGGGUUCAAACCUCCAACUUUUAGUUUGUUUUUAUUGCAGAUGUGGAUGUGGACAAGCCUGAUGAGAAAUCCAUAAUGACAUACGUAGCUCAGUUCCUGAAGCACUACCCAGAUCCCCACCAAUCUGAGACAGAUGGACAGCAAGAGGAGCUGGUUCGUUCCAUUCCUACAUUCGCUCUCUCUAUCCCUGCUCUACAGUAUGAUCCACAAGAUAUUGAGCUCAUGCUUGAGCGAGAGGAACGCAAGGUGCUGAGGGAGGUGAAGAUCUGGCUGGAUCAGCUAGAGAGAGAUUUACUGCGUGCACAGGGAUCUGAAGAGAGUCUCACCGACAAAUAUCAGGAUUUUAAGAGUUUCCGUGUGCAGUAUGAGAUGAGAAAGAAACAGAUCGAGUCUCUCCUGCAACCGGUACACAGGGACGGCAAACUGUCAGUGGACCAGGCCGUGGUCAAACAGGCCUGGGAUCAUGUGUCUGUCAGG